CUCCUGUUGGGCGAGCCCGGCCGAGCCGGCCGAGAUUGCGGCGAAGAGGACGCGGCGCGCUGCAGCCGCCGAGGCUCCUCCUCUCGCCGGUGCAACCCGGGACUACCUGGCGGCGUGGCACGGGCAGUGCUCAAGGUCCGGGGUGCCCCCACGGCGGCCACGUCCGAGCCCACCUCACUGGCCCGCGCGCAAAGCCCAGCGGACAGCCCGUUCCCUCCACCUGCGACCGGGGGCCCCACAGCACCCCCAGCCGAGCCGGGUGCGCCCGCCCGUCGGUCCAGGCCAGGCGCACCCCGCGGGCCACGCUCACGCAGUUGGCGCAGGCGGCCCUACGCUAGCGGCGUAGCGCCCGCCCGCCCGUCCGCCCGCCCCCUGCACUCUCCCCGCCCCCUCCCUCCCUCGCAGGGGCCCAGCGAAUGUAGCCCGCGAGAGAAAAUGGCGGCGGCGGCGGGGAAUCGCGCCUCGUCGUCGGGAUUCCCGGGCGCCGGGGUGGCGAGCCCCGAGGCGGGCGACAGCGGAGGGUCCCCUAAGGCAAGCAGCGUGCCUGUGGCAGCCGCGGGGCUGCUGCGGGAGGCGGGCAGCGGGGGCCGCGAACGGACGGACUGGCGGCGGCGGCAGCUGCGCAAAGUGCGGAGUGUAGAGCUGGACCAGCUGCCGGAGCCGCCGCUCUUCCUCGCCGCCUCGCCGCUGUCCUCUUCCACUUCCCCGUCGCCGGAGCCCACGGACGCGGCGGCGAGCGGGAUUGGUUUCCAGCCUGUGGCGGUGCUACCGCCCCACGGAGCUCCGAGCCGCAGCGGCGCCCACCCUUCCGACUCGGCGGUCGCAUCGGACAGCGGCGCCCCGAGCCCCACGGGGGCCGAGCCCGGAGAGAAGCGGACGCCCGCCACCGAGCCGCCUCCUGCAGCGGCCCCCGCCGGUCGUGAGAUGGAGAAUAAAGAAACUCUCAAGGGGUUGCACAAGAUGGACGAUCGCCCAGAAGAACGAAUGAUCAGGGAGAAACUGAAGGCAACCUGCAUGCCAGCCUGGAAGCACGAAUGGCUGGAAAGGAGAAACAGGAGAGGCCCUGUGGUGGUAAAACCAAUCCCAAUUAAAGGAGAUGGAUCUGAAAUUAAUAACCUGGCAACUGAGUCUCAAGGAGAGGGCCAGGCAAGCACCACUUCACCAGCUCCUAAAGGCCGACGCAGUCCUUCCCCGGGCAGCUCCCCAUCAGGUCGAACAGUGAAAUCAGAAUCUCCAGGAGUAAGGAGAAAAAGAGUUUCCCCAGUGCCUUUUCAGAGUGGGAGAAUCACACCACCUCGAAGAGCCCCCUCACCAGAUGGCUUCUCACCAUAUAGCCCUGAGGAAACAAACCGCCGUGUAAACAAAGUGAUGCGGGCCAGGCUGUACUUAUUGCAGCAAAUAGGACCCAACUCUUUCCUGAUUGGAGGAGACAGUCCAGACAAUAAAUACCGAGUGUUUAUUGGGCCUCAGAAUUGCAGCUGUGGGCGUGGAACAUUUUGUAUUCAUCUGUUAUUUGUUAUGCUCCGGGUGUUUCAAUUAGAACCUUCGGACCCAAUGUUAUGGAGAAAAACUUUAAAGAAUUUUGAGGUUGAGAGUUUGUUCCAGAAAUAUCACAGUAGGCGUAGCUCAAGGAUCAAAGCUCCAUCUCGUAACACCAUCCAGAAGUUUGUUUCACGCAUGUCAAAUUCUCAUACAUUGUCAUCAUCUAGUACUUCUACAUCUAGUUCAGAAAACAGUAUAAAAGAUGAAGAGGAACAGAUGUGUCCUAUUUGCUUAUUGGGCAUGCUUGAUGAAGAAAGUCUUACAGUGUGUGAAGAUGGCUGCAGGAACAAGCUGCACCACCACUGCAUGUCCAUUUGGGCAGAAGAAUGUAGAAGAAAUAGAGAACCUUUAAUAUGUCCCCUUUGUAGGUCUAAGUGGAGAUCCCAUGAUUUCUACAGUCACGAGUUGUCAAGCCCUGUGGAUUCCCCUUCUUCCCUGCGAGCUGCACAGCAGCAAACUGUACAGCAGCAGCCUUUGGCUGGACCACAACGAAGGAAUCAGGAGAGCAAUUUUAACCUUACUCAUUACGGAACUCAGCAGAUUCCUCCUGCUUAUAAAGAUUUAGCUGAGCCAUGGAUUCAGGUAUUUGGAAUGGAACUCGUUGGCUGCUUAUUUUCUAGAAACUGGAAUGUAAGAGAGAUGGCUCUCAGACGUCUUUCCCAUGAUGUUAGUGGGGCUCUGCUAUUGGCAAAUGGGGAGAGCACUGGAAAUUCUGGAAGCAAUGGUGGAAGCAGUUCGAGUGCUGGAGCCGCCAGUGGGUCUUCCCAGACCAGUAUCUCAGGAGAUGUGGUGGAAGCGUGCUGCAACGUGUUGUCAAUGGUCUGUGCUGACCCUGUCUACAAAGUGUACGUUGCUGCUUUAAAAACGUUAAGAGCCAUGCUAGUAUAUACUCCUUGCCAUAGUUUGGCAGAAAGAAUCAAACUGCAGAGACUUCUCCGGCCAGUUGUAGAUACCAUCCUAGUCAAGUGCGCAGACGCCAAUAGUCGUACAAGUCAGCUGUCUAUAUCAACACUAUUGGAAUUGUGCAAAGGCCAAGCAGGAGAAUUGGCAGUUGGCAGAGAAAUACUUAAAGCUGGAUCCAUUGGUAUUGGUGGUGUUGAUUAUGUCUUAAAUUGUAUUCUUGGAAACCAAAUGGAAUCAAACAACUGGCAAGAACUCCUGGGCCGCCUUUGUCUUAUAGAUAGACUGCUGUUGGAAUUUCCUGCUGAAUUUUACCCUCAUAUUGUCAGUACUGAUGUUUCACAAGCUGAGCCUGUUGAAGUCAGGUAUAAGAAGCUGCUGUCCCUCUUAACCUUUGCUUUGCAGUCCAUUGAUAAUUCCCACUCAAUGGUUGGUAAACUCUCCCGAAGGAUAUAUUUGAGUUCUGCGAGAAUGGUUACUGCCGUACCCCAUGUAUUUUCAAAACUGUUAGAAAUGCUGAAUGUUUCCAGUUCCACUCAUUUUACCAGGAUGCGUCGUCGUUUGAUGGCUAUUGCAGAUGAGGUGGAAAUUGCUGAAGCCAUCCAGCUGGGCAUAGAAGACACUUUGGAUGGUCGACAUGACAGCUUUUUGCAGGCUUCUGUCCCUAACAGCUAUCCAGAAACUAUGGAGAACAGUUCUCUUGAGUGCACAGAUCAUUCAGAAAAAAAUGGAAAAGGAUUGUGUGCUACAAAAUUGAGUGCCAGUUCAGAGGACAUUUCUGACAGACUGGCCAACAUUUCGGUAGGACUUUCUAGUUCAACAACGAUGGAGCAACCAAAGCCAAUGGUUCAAACAAAAGGCAGACCCCACAGUCAGUGUUUGAACUCCUCUCCUUUAUCUCAUCAUUCCCAGUUAAUGUUCCCAGCCUUGUCAACCCCUUCUUCAUCUGCCCCAUCUGUAUCAGCUGGAACCGCAACAGAUGUCUCUAAGCAUAGACCUCAGGGAUUCAUUCCCUGCAAAAUACCAUCGGCAUCUCCUCAAACACAGCGCAAGUUUUCCCUACAGUUCCAGAGAAACUGUUCUGAAAACAAAGACUCAAAUAAACUUUCCCCAAUCUUUACUCAGUCAAGACCCCUGCCUUCCAGUAAUAUACACAGGCCAAAGCCAUCUCGACCUACCCCAGGUAAUACAAGUAAACAGGGAGAUGCCUCAAAAAAUAGCAUGACACUUGAUCUGAACAGUACUUCCAAAUGUGAUGACAGCUUUGGCAGUAGCAGCAAUAGUACUAAUGCUGUUAUACCUAGUGAUGAGACAGUGUUCACCCCUGUAGAGGAAAAAUGCAGAUUAGAUGUCAAUACAGAGCUCAACUCCAGUAUUGAGGACCUUCUUGAAGCGUCUAUGCCUUCAAGUGAUGCAACAGUCACUUUUAAAUCAGAAGUUGCUGUCCUCUCUCCUGAAAAGGAUGAAAAUGAUGAUACCUACAAAGAUGAUGUGAAUCAUAAUCAAAAGUGCAAAGAAAAAAUGGAAGCUGAAGAAGAAGAAGCUUUAGCAAUUGCCAUGGCAAUGUCAGCAUCUCAGGAUGCCCUCCCCGCAGUUCCUCAACUACAGGUUGAAAAUGGAGAAGAUAUCAUCAUCAUUCAACAGGAUACACCAGAGACUCUACCAGGACAUACCAAAGCAAAACAACCUUAUAGAGAAGACACUGAAUGGCUGAAAGGUCAGCAAAUAGGCCUUGGAGCAUUUUCUUCUUGUUAUCAGGCUCAAGAUGUUGGAACUGGAACUUUAAUGGCUGUUAAACAGGUGACGUAUGUCAGAAAUACAUCCUCUGAGCAAGAAGAAGUAGUGGAAGCAUUAAGAGAGGAGAUAAGAAUGAUGAGCCAUUUGAAUCAUCCAAACAUCAUUAGGAUGUUGGGAGCCACAUGUGAGAAGAGCAAUUAUAAUCUCUUCAUCGAAUGGAUGGCAGGGGGGUCUGUAGCUCAUUUGCUCAGUAAAUAUGGAGCCUUCAAGGAAUCAGUAGUUAUUAACUAUACUGAACAAUUACUUCGUGGCCUUUCAUAUCUCCAUGAAAACCAGAUCAUUCACAGAGAUGUCAAAGGUGCCAAUUUGCUAAUUGACAGCACAGGUCACAGACUGAGAAUUGCAGAUUUUGGAGCUGCAGCCAGGUUGGCAUCAAAAGGAACUGGUGCAGGAGAGUUUCAGGGACAGUUAUUGGGGACAAUUGCAUUUAUGGCACCUGAGGUACUAAGAGGUCAGCAGUAUGGUAGGAGCUGUGAUGUAUGGAGUGUUGGCUGUGCUAUUAUAGAAAUGGCUUGUGCUAAACCACCUUGGAAUGCAGAAAAACACUCCAAUCAUCUUGCUUUGAUAUUUAAGAUUGCCAGUGCAACUACUGCUCCAUCGAUCCCUUCACAUUUAUCUCCUGGUUUACGAGAUGUGGCUCUUCGUUGUUUAGAACUUCAACCUCAGGACAGACCUCCAUCAAGAGAGCUACUGAAACAUCCAGUCUUCCGUACUACAUGGUAGCCAAUUAUACAAAUAAACUAUAAUGGAGACAGGAUGCCCAAUAAUAGAAAAAACUUUUGUGGAGAACCACAUUGAUAAUCUGCUGGCCUUCAUGCCACUGAGCAGCUAUGAACAAGACCAGUGGGGAACCCUUACCUAAGUAUGUGAUUGACAAAUCAUGAUCUGUACCUAAGCUUAGUAUGCAAAAGUCCACAAUUUGUGCAGAAACUGUAAACCGUGCCUUUCAAAGAACUGGCCCUAGGUGAACAAGAAAGCAGUGAAGUUUGCAUGACUAAUUAACAGAAGCAUAAUUUUACUAUUUUUGGAGCACUUUUUCAGCAAUAUUAGCAGCUGAGGGGCUCAGGAUAUAUUUUAAUGUUUCAAUUAUUCCUUUUCACAUCUUGAUCACAAGCAGAGGGUUCUGCAAUUCCGUUUUCUGUUUUUGGGGGGGUUUUUUUGUCACUGGCUAUAAAAAUCAGUAUCUGCCUCUUUUAGGUCAGAAUGUGCUAUGAGUAGCAGUAAAUAAAUAUAUUUUUUAAAGUUGAUAACUUUUUUAUGACCCACAGUUGACCUUUAUUUUUUUAAAUGCCUGGGCAAUUGUGGUUCAUUGUGCAUUUUACUGUUGGCCCAUUCAUUUCGUUUUUGGAAAUUAUGGUUCUGUAUUUUCAUUUCACCUUCAUUUUUGUUUAAUAUUCAGGGAAAGGUGAUCUUUUCAAACCAGAAAAAAAGAAAAUAGAACUAGGUGUGAACUAGAGCUUAUUAAUAUCUUGCUAUUGCAAGAGUUUUUUUUUAAAUACAGAAUUUUGUUUGUUUUUAAAAUUGGAAUUUAAUACUACCUUCAUUGAGUCAGUCACUGCUCUUCUUGUGCAGGUUAAAUAUAAAUUAAGUGAAACUCAACUAUUCUCUGUGAUGCAGCUCACAACCAAGAUCAAGAUUACCUUGAAAUUUAUUUGCAUUUUUUUUAAUGUAUUGGUUUCUUUUGUAGGAAACUUCACACCAUUUAAGUCUUACUCUGUAUGUAACAAUCCAUCAUUCAUCAUCACUGAUAAUAACAUGUAACUGCUAUUUUCCUUCUACCAUGCAUCAUCUCUUUACAGUAGGCCUGGCUGAUAAAUAAUUAAAGAAAAAUUAACUUAAUUACUCAACUACCAAUGAGUAAUAGUGUUUUUAAGCAAUAAAUUUGAUUUGAACUUGGAAAAUGUAUUCAAAAAGAAAAGUGAAAUUGAAUUUCAUUUACAUACUAAUUCCUUGGAGUUUGCUAAAUUAUCUAAUGGUUUUCACCUGAGUUGAAUUCUGAUGCAUGGAAUCCUAAAGGAAAAUGGCAGCUCUUUUAUCCCUUUAUUGUGAGUUUUUUAAAUCAAGUACUGAUUAAGUAUUUAAUACAACUUUUUGAGAUGUUGUUUUAACUCUUCAGAAGCCAGUUGAAAUGUUGCAGAAUGAAUAAAAUUGGUUAUUCUCAAAGACUCAGGAGAAACUAAAUAAGCUAUACAGAGUACAUUUUAAAUGUACAACACAAAUUGGAAGUAAAAUAAGUUACAAGAUAAGUUUACAGGGAUAUAUUGCAUAUAAUUUUUAAAAGGCAGUUUUUUUCUUUUUUUUUAAUGUGAAUGUGUUUCUUAGUGAAAUUUUACAUUCCUUUGUUUUGGAAGAUUGGCAAUAUUUGAAGAGUUAAAAAUAGUACCGAAAUGUGAAGUUUGGUAGCUCUAAAUGUGUUGUACUUGACUUUUUUUAUUUUCUCUCUCUUUUUGACUACUUAAGAAUUUUCACAGUUCUAAAAAGAUUGUUUCCAAGUCUCUCAUGUGCAAGCUUUAAAGGAUGCACUCUUGCCAUUUUAUGUACUGGAAGAUCAUUGGUCAGAUCAAAACUGUGUCUGACAGAAAUGUAAACUGUAUAAACUGAGGAACCUCAGCUAAUCAGUAUUACUUUGUAGAUCACCAUGCCCACCACAUUUCAAACUCAAACAUCCUCUAGAUGUCAAAAUCCAUUGUUUGAGUUUGUUUGCAGUUCCCUCAGCUUGCUGGUAAUUGUGGUGUUUUUUUUGUUUUGUUUUUAAUGCAAAUGUGAUGUAAUAUUCUUAUUUUCUUUGGAUCAAAGCUGGACUGAAAAUUGUAUUGUGUAAUUAUUUUUGUGUUCUUAAUGUUAUUUGGUACUCAAGUUGUAAAUAACGUCUACUGCUGUUUAUUCCAGUUUCUACUACCUCAGGUGUCCUAUAGAUUUUUCUUCUACCAAAGUUCACUUUCACAAUGAAAUUAUAUUUGCUGUGUGACUAUGAUUCCUAAGACUUCCAGGGCUUAAGGGCUAACUUCUAUUAGCACCUUACUGUGUAAGCAAAUGUUACAAAAAAAAAAUCUCUGGGUUAAGAAAAUUUGGCUUAAGUGUAUCCUUUGUUAUUUUAAAUAUAUCAAGAUAUUUUAAUUAAAAUUUUUACCCCAUUGAACCAAUUUUAUAGUAUUUGUACCUAUUUUGGUGUUUUGUCUUUAUAGCAAUAAAAGUUUUUGAACAAA